GGCUCCGUGCGCGCCUCCCUCUCCACAGAGCGGAGCCGCCUGCAUAUCUCCCCGUCCGUGCCAGAGCCUGCAGCUGUCUCUGUGGCGCUGUGUUCGGGAAAAAAACGUCGCCGACCGCUGACUUUUCUCUUUUUCUUUUUAAUUGUCCCUUCUGCACAAACUCUGGGAUUUGUUAACUUGUGAAUAAUUUCCAGCACUGUGGAGACACCUGGCAGCGUGAACCCCCCCACCGUCCGCGCAUUGACUGAGGUCUUUACAACUGGGAACGUUGUAGGAAUGUGGAAUGCAAGUUUACAUGAGCGUAACAGGACCAGCUUCUGCCCCUGACACCAUGACCACGGAUUUGAACCUGACCUCUCUGCUGAAUGAAUCAUAUCUCCCCAACCAAACGAAAGGAUGCAACCUCACCAGGACGGGGUUCCAGUUCUAUUACCUGCCCACCGUGUACAUCAUGGUGUUCAUCACCGGGCUGGUGGGCAACAGCCUGGCCAUUUGGAUGUUCGUGUUUCACAUGAGGCCGUGGAGCAGCAUCUCUGUCUACAUGUUCAACCUGGCUCUGGCUGACUUCUGCUAUGUCCUCUCGCUGCCUUUUCUCAUCUUCUACUACUUCAACAAGACAGACUGGAUUUUUGGAGACGUCCUGUGUCGACUGCAGCGCUUUAUAUUCCACGUGAAUCUCUAUGGAAGUAUUCUGUUUCUGACCUGCAUCAGCGUUCACAGGUACACAGGGGUGGUGCACCCGCUCAAGUCACUGGGUCGAUUGAAGAAAAAGAACACGGUUAUUACCAGUGCGUUGGUGUGGUUGGUGGUAAUCGUAGGCAUGUCUCCAAUUCUGUAUUAUUCCAGGACGGGUUUGAAGCGUGACUCAAUAACUUGUUAUGACACCACCACUGAGGAUGAGUUACCCGGUUAUUUCAUUUACAGCAUGACUUUGACUGUAUUUGGGUUCUGCAUCCCCUUUAUCAUCAUAUUCUGUUGCUAUGGCAUGAUCGUCAAGGCAUUAAUCUGUAAUGAUAUGAACAACGCUCCCCUGCGGCAGAAAUCCAUCCACCUGGUUAUCAUAGUACUUGCCGUGUUCGCCGUCUCCUACCUGCCUUUCCACGUGAUGAAGAACCUCAACAUGCGGGCGAGGCUGUACUUCCAGAGCCCUGACAUGUGCGAGUUUAAUAACCGCGUCUACGCCACCUACCAGGUGACACGCGGGCUGGCCAGCCUCAACAGCUGUGUGGAUCCCAUUCUGUACUUCCUGGCUGGAGAUACCUUCAGGAGGAAGCUGACACGAGCCACUAAGAAGCCCUCGAGGAAGGGGGAUGGGGUCCUUCAAUCCAAGAGCGAGGAAACAGCUCUGAACAGCCUGGCGGAGUAUGUGGAGAAUGGAGACAGGAGGCUGUGACCCGUCACCUCUGUGGAGUUUUUAUUAUCUUUAAAUGUGGAUGGACUCUGAAUCAAUAAAUGCACUGUGAUGACUGAAGAGUCCGUAAACUCUAUCAGAUGAUGGUUUGUAGAACCAUAGGAACAAUAUUCAGUUUAACCCUGUGACAACUUCCGCUUGCUUGCAGUCUGUUGAUGUUGAUAAGCUGUAUUGUCAAGUAUUGUCAAGUAUUGUAUUAUACUCUAAAUAUUAGAGUCAUAAUUUUUCUUUUUAUUCCUUAUAAACUAGUGUUGCUUACACUUUGGACAAAACGAGCAUUAUAAUGAGACAGGCUAGAGGAAAUAAGUUGUCUUUCAGCUACAGAUGUUCUGUUCAUCAGUUUGUUCAGCGAAAUAGGACUAAAAAUGGAUAGCACCUUCUCUCGCCUGAGCCAAUAUUUAAUCAAUAGCUAUUUAGGUGAGAUUUUGGUCUUAAGAGCGUGAGCCUUGGAAGGCUUUUGUAGGAACAAGUGAAUGCACUGAACCUGAGAUGGCUGCAUGGAAUAAUUGCAGAAAUCGCAAUGCACUAUUUAGCAGAGUCCCUCUGCUCUGCCUAUGAUUGCUCGUUUUUCUGUAAAUCUAUUACCAACCAAGUGAGGAAUGUGGUCAGCGACUCCUUUUUUUUUAAUUUUCUGACCGCUCUGUUACUAUAAUUGCCCACCCAUAACACUUUCUUCAUUGGGAAAAAAGCAGUAUUUUUGUGUAUAUGAUGCUUCAGUUAAUGUCUUUGUUUAGAUGUACUGUGCAAGAUAUUGUGAUGUUGCAGAUUAGUUUGUUUUAUUAAGUGUUAGUUUCACUAACCCAGAGUGCACAAGUCCAGUACUAAAUCCAGCGUCAGUGAAACAGUGACUCAUCACGGCAAGUUGUCACUACUCCAGUGUUUACUGCAACAUAGGGAACAUUAGUCAAAGAGACUCUCCUGCUUUGUGACUCCAUUGACAUGUUGAAGAUUUGUUUGUACGAGAUACCUCAAAGUAAAUGGUGCACUGUGUCUGUUUGGCAGAUAAUCUUUUCUGUUUUGUAUGUGUUGUAAAAAUUCUGAAAAUUGAUAGUGCAGCUCUCGCCAUAUACAGUAUAUUUUAUGUAGAUGUUUGAUGUCUAUAGUCUACUAAUUACUGUUAUUUGGCCAGCUAUGAGUGUCAAGAAAGGAAGUAAAUCAUUUGUGCAAGAUAUUUGGGGCCACGUGCGUUUUUGUCAAUACAUUUCUGUAUUUACGUCCUGCCAGGCAGUACAAUUACACUUGCAUAUUUAUUUUAAGGAGGUGAAUUAUUUUUGAAGUCUCUUAUUCAUAGUAUUUGUGUCAACUUGUUCGCACUGGUCCUGUUAAAUACGUUCAUUGUGCUCACAAACCCUGUUGGAUUUUUGAGACAUUCAUGCAGUCUCUGCCCUUCUCGCCGCUCCUCCUCCUUCUCCACGCUGCUGUUGACUUUCUCUUUCAAACCCAGCCAGAAGGAAGCGAGGGGACGAGGGAGGAAUAAAGAGUGGCACCUUUUUACUCUUGGCUUAGAAUAAGACUGCCUUUGUAUCCAUCACAAUGGCGCGGAGUUAUUGAUGCAGACAGGGGUGCGAAGCUGUCGCCAGGAGCCCGCUGCUGCACAGUGUUGUGGGCACAGGAAAUCAGCGAACUCUCUUCCUCCUAAAAGGGCCCGUGACUACAAACACCAUUUGAUUUGUUGCCUUUGAGGUGCAAUUUGCAUACGUAGCUCCAGCAAAUGUGUGUACGUGUAGGUAUUUGCACAUCUUUGUAUAAGACAGCCUGAAGGUAAAAGUUCUCAUCCCAGAAGGUGGCUGGUAUUCCUGUUUGGUGGUAAGAGCUGUUACGUUUUCAAAAGCAGCCACUGUGACAUCCACAUGCACUAGAGGCAUGGAUAUUUGUUUGUGAAAUAUAUAUAUAUAUACCUAUACCAGCUCUGCUCUCUGUGUACACUCUAUAAAGA